CUCUGUUGUGUUCCUGCUGUUACAAGGAAGAGCACUUUCACUGAAAAGCCUGACUGGCGUUUGUGGAUAAAUCUCAUGUAAAUCUCACUCCAUCCUUCCUUGCUGCGCUAAUUGGAUUGCAAGGGACUCCAUUCCCCCAUGCCUUUGGUUGGAGUCAGGCAGGGCAGAGGAGGGCAGGGCAGCACCGCGAGAUUUGAGGCGUGGCAGAGCCCUGUGGAUAGGGGAAUGGGAGGGAAACCCCAUGUCAGCUGUGGGGCUGUCAGCAGGUGGUGGUGAGUAGAGCAGCUCUACCCAGAGCUAUUUGCUUUGGGCAUUUUGAUGCUUGCAGGAGCAGCUUUUUCCUGGGCCUGAAAUCUGUGCGUGGCUACCCUUCUGUCCAGACCGCAAUCCUUAUGCUUGCAGUGGCACACAAGCUUGGGGCAGCCCCACACAGCCCCGUGCCACAUCUGGCCCUGGGCUGUAGCCAGCAAAACCUACAGGAGAAGUUGCAAAACCCACCAGCAGCCGUGUCACCUUCCCCAGCACACUCUGUGCCCAGCUGUGCCACCUCUGCCUCCUGGUUAACAGGCUGUCUGCUCUCUCCCAGAGCUCCUUGGAUCAGCAAAGAGAGUCAACGUCAAUUUCCAGGACACCGAUGGGUUCUCUGCCCUGCACCAUGCAGCUCUCAAUGGGAACACAGAGCUCAUCUCGCUGCUGCUGGAGGCACAGGCUGCAGUGGACAUCAAGGAUAACAAAGGCAUGCGGCCCUUGCACUAUGCGGCCUGGCAAGGCAAGAAGGAGCCCAUGAAGAUGGUGCUGAAGGCAGGCUCCUCUGUGAACAUCCCAUCAGAUGAGGGACAGAUCCCCCUGCACCUGGCGGCACAGCACGGGCACUACGACGUGUCUGAAAUGCUCCUGCAGCACCAGUCCAACCCCUGCAUCAUGGACAAUUCAGGCAAGACGCCCCUGGACUUGGCAUGCGAGUUUGGCCGGGUUGGGGUGGUCCAACUGCUCCUGAACAGCAACAUGUGUGCGGCGCUGCUGGAGCCUAAGCCAGGGGACACCACCGACCCCAAUGGCACCAGCCCUCUGCACCUUGCAGCCAAGAAUGGACACAUCGACAUCAUCCGGCUCCUGCUGCAAGCUGGCAUUGACAUCAACCGGCAGACCAAGGCGGGCACAGCACUGCACGAGGCAGCCCUGUGUGGCAAGACGGACGUGGUGCGGCUCCUGCUGGAUAGUGGAAUUAAUGCCCACGUUCGGAACACGUACAACCAGACGGCUCUGGACAUUGUCAACCAGUUCACCACCAGCCAGGCCAGCAAGGAGAUCAAGCAGAUGCUGCGGGAUGCCUCAGCUGCACUUCAGGUGCGGGCUGUCAAGGACUAUUGCAACAACUACGACCUGACCAGCCUCAAUGUGAAAGCUGGAGACGUCAUCACUGUGCUGGAGCAGCAUGCAGACGGGCGCUGGAAGGGCUGCAUCCAUGACAAUCGGACCGGCAACGACCGCGUGGGCUACUUCCCCUCCAGCCUCGUGGAAGCCAUAAGCAAGCGAACAGGGUCCCGCGGGGCUGACAUGAGCCCAUCCCACCUUUCACCAUCGCAGGGUGGAUCGGCUGCACCUGCACCCAUCGAGGAGAUCUGGGUGCUGCGGAAACCUUUCACAGGUGGCGACCGCAGCAGCCUGGGUAGCACGGGCAGCGUGGCCUCAGCCCGCAGCUCCGGGAGUGGGCAGAGCACGGGCAGCGGGGCGCACGCCCUGCAUGCUGGCUCCGAGGGCGUCAAGCUGCUGGCAACGGUCCUUUCCCAGAAGGCUUCUGCGCAAGAUGCUGCCGUGGGCGAUGGGCCGGCCAAGGCGCAGGACAUCCCCGCAGGUGCGUGCCGCCGGCCCGGCUCCACUGCGUCCACGGCAGUGGAAAAUUAG